AGAUUCUCGAAAUAUCAAUCUUUACCUCCCCGUCAACCAGCUUAAUUGUGGGAAUCCUUACCCCUGGAGUUGCAUUUUUGUGAUCUCUUCAGGAACAGAAUUGAUGAAAAAAGCAGCCAGUUUUAUGCUAACAAAGUCAUUCUAAUCUUGAUCAUCUCUUCGCAACAUGAACGAUCUCGAAUUGCAUCCCUUGGACAUUCCAGAAAUUAUUUCGUUGGUUGGUGCUUUCCUAGGUCGAAAUGAUCUCUUGCAGUGUAUUCGUGUCUCCAGGGUUUUCCAUAGCACACUUUUUAGAUUCAUUUGGAGAAGGAUCGUUGUCAAGCAAUUUUAUUUAGGAUCCUUUCCCACUAAGAAAGCACUGGAGAAUAACAAGAACUAUAUCGAAGAGCUUGAAUUUAGCUACUGCUUCCCAGAAGAGUACAUGGCACUGCAAGGCUGUGGUCGCCUCCAGUCUAUCGAAUGCAAAACACAGCCCUCAUUCUAUAAGAAUCCGAUAGACCGCUUGAUCAAUUCUCACAGUUCAACAAUCACCAGGCUAAGCUUCCAAGGACCACAUUUAGAGGGGAUAUGGGAAGCACUAUUAGGAUGCACUCACCUUAAAACCUUGACCAUUUGUGAGGCAGCUUUAUUCGAAGAUCAAGUCGACCUAUUCUUUCAAGUCUGUAAGAAACUUAACUCCUUAGAAAUGUCUAGUGUAGUCGUUUAUGGGCUACCUUCCGACUUCUUGGGCAACGGCACGAACAAGUUUAUUUUCCCAAGUGUGAUCAGACUAAAGCUACUGAAUAUCCAAAUACUUGAUCCGCCACAUCCGCACACAUCAUCCUACUGCCUCGGCAUAUUGGCUAGACGAUGCCCAGGGUUACGUUCAUUGGAAUUCUUUUAUUGCAAAGCGGACGAGCGAGAAAUGCAGCAAAUGCAUGAUGAUUUCUACAGGGAAAUAGUCAUUCAUCAUCCCCAAACACUGACAAAUGUAUCGGAGCUAGGCCUUGGUACGGUGCUAUUAAAGGACGAAGAUAUGGCAGCGCUUCUCCGGCAGAUGACUGAACUAAGACGGCUAGUUGUUCCACGUUGUGAUUUCGGUCCACUCUCCAUUCGAGAACUACUUGCGGACGAUCAGGAGAUUUUGCAUGGCGGCGGACAUAGAGCACGAAUAAGAAGGAGCCAGAGGCUCUGUGAUACAAUUGAGGAGCUAGAAUACAAUAGGGAUAGUGAAAGAACUGAUGGGGUUGUUCAAGCGAUCCUAUCCAACUGUCCACGUCUGAAAAAACUGAGCGGAGCUAAAAUUACAGUGACAGAAAUUGUCAGUGGUGCAAAAUGGGUCAGCACUGGCCUUACCAACUUGUCCAUCCAGCUUGUAGCUGACGUCGGUCAAGAGACUGUAGAAGACAUGCAGAAGCAACGUAUUGUGUUUAGGCAAAUAGGCAAGUUGACUCGACUACGGGUCCUUGCCCUGACAGCGGGUAGCUCAACAUCUGAGCAAUUGCAUACGUUGGACUUGAGGUUAGGGGCUGGUCUGGAUGAGCUAAUCAACCUGAAGAAUCUGCAUUCGUUAUCAUUCGAAGGCGAUGAGCAUCAAACAAUGCUACCUGAGGAUGCAAAAUGGAUUUUAAAAAAUUGGCCGAAUAUCGAAAACUUGGAGGGCAUUGUGAAUUCUAGGCAUUAUGUAACGGCUAGCUUAUUUCAAUCAUACAAUAUUACGACACAUGAUGUUCUUGAUUUUAGUAAUUCGGAUUCAGAUUAUAGCAUUUAGAACCAGGGACAGGUUUUUUUGAUUGAGUGGGAGUUUUGUUAUUGAAUAUGCGCUGUUGAAUAACUUUUUUUUUUUUG